CCAUAACAGGUCGAGUGUCAACAACGUGGAUCGAGAAGUUUUUUCGAUAAGUAUUUAGUUCUCUUGGUAAAUUGCACUCUUCUCUGCUGUGGGCUUUCACGUAGUAAGGAUAUAGUUCAUAAAAAACAUGGCAGCUUCUGGCGGAGUUUCUUCGUCAGGGAAUCCAGUCUGGUCCGCGAUUGUUCUUACUUGUCAAAACAAAACAAGUGCAGACGCUUAUAGAAAAGAGCUUGAGAAUCACCAGCAACUAGGGCUUAUAGACAAGAGUACUUUGAUACUGACCAUUGAGGACCCAAAGUCAAGAGUAGGGAGCGGAGGAGCAACAUUAAAUGCUCUAUUGGUUGUAACUGAACAUCUUAGUGCUAAAGAAGGCUUUACAACAGUAGACUCAAGUGUGAUUACAAAGAGUAGAAUAUUGAUUAUGCAUGUGGGACGUGAUUAUCCCUUCAGCACUUGUGGUCCAGUGUUCACAACUUUACCUGCCAAACACUACACCAAUCAAUCACUAGUGUCAUUAGCUGAUUGUCUUGUGACAAACUUUGACUGCCUACUUUAUUACCUGACUAAUAGGAUUUGUCAUGAAUCACCUAAUGGCGUAUGGGUGUGCAGUACCGAUAUGAUGCUGUCAAUUCCAUCAACAGCAGAAAUAAAAUGGUCCAAUAUCACCCAAGACAUUGUUCUAGUUUUGUUUGAGAGUCAUGUGCAUAAUGCUCUUGAUCAUGGUGUUUGUCAAUUAGAUGAUGAGGGAAAUGUGAAGAAUAUAWUUUAUAGAGGAACAGAAGAUGAAGUCAAGACAUGUGCCUUUGAUAAUGGGAAAGUGCCAUUGGUUGGAAGUAUUGUGUUCUUUAAUAUCAAAGCAGUUGAGAAGCUGUUGACUCUGCAUUCCUUCCCAUUACUUGAUGCGUGUACUUACUAUGGACUAGAUAAUGGAGCCAAACCAAUACAGCUUUCCCUGUUUUUUGACAUUCUUCUGAGCAUGGCUACAGGGGUUGUAGAGGAGGAUUUUGUGUCUGGUAAGGAAAGCAGUGCAUAUGGUAAAAGUACUCGAGUAGGUGUCAAGAAGAUGAGUGAUGAUGAUAAAGUUGCCUUGCAAGGUGCUUGGAAAACUUUGUGGAAGCAUCUACRAGGAAUGAAAGUUCAUGGUGCUGUGAUGGAAGAAAGAUGCCAGUAUCAUUACAUGACUCAAACAGGAGUUUGCUACAGGAUACAGUUACAAAAGUGUUUGAAGUUCAUUGAGAGUGGUAAUCUUCCCUACAAAGCUGCAUCACAAAUGCAUGUCUGUAUAGAAAACAGUCAAGCAAUACACAGCAAUUCAAUUGUGGUUAAUUCUAUAAUAAGUGGCUCAAUAACUGUGAAGGAGAAAGCUGUCAUUACUCAUAGUUUUUUACAGGGUGACUUUACAGUAGGCACUGGAUGUGUGUUGUCUGGAAUUGGACCAAAUGACUUGGGUGAUGCAAAGUGUGUUCUUGACUUGCUUUGUCUGUUAGGAUACAAUAUAUCAUUGCCUAACAUUAGCUCCAAUCCAGUCAAAGUGUUUAUUGUGUUUGGUGUUAAUGACCACUUGGAAAAAAAAAUGACAGAUAAUUGUUCCACUUUCUGUAACACUCACUGGGAUGAGGUCUUCAAAAGAACUGGAUUGACAGCUGAUGAUAUCUGGGUCCAUGGUUUGCCUGAGGAUAAGCGUACUUUAUUUAAUGCCCGCCUCUUCCCUGUCAUCCAUCCUCACGAUGAUCAGGGUAUGUCACCUUUAAGUGACUGUUUUUGGCUUGCUGGAGGAGAGACUGGUUACCCAAAUGAAACCAUGAAGCGAAGAUGGCAUACAUCAUGGCGUCUUUCCCUGACAGAAAUCAUGUCAUGUGUGGAUCCUGGUACUGAGUUUGAAUGGAGAAGGAAAUUAUUCUUCCAAAUUGGUCAACRUCARGUAGAGGAGGCWYUGGAGGGCAGUACCAACACAUGCUUCCUCCCCUUCUUGAAGACAUGUGCUGUAAAGGGUUUUCAUGAAGAAAUCUUGUCUACAAUGGAUAAAGUUGCAUGCAGGAGUGACUCCAGUGAGUCCAUGGGUGUGGCUGCUCGUACAUUGGCAUGUAUUGCUGAUGUWUUAGGGGCAAUGGCUGGCGAGAAAGCUGGUUUACGUAGCGGUCCUGCACAGAAUCAAGCAUGGAAGCCGGCAUUCCAGUUGUUGGAGAACAAAAGAAUUGRAGAAGGUGUCAAGGCCAUGGCUGCUGAGAGAACCAAAUGGAUGGACAGACCAGAUCUAUUGAUUCGUGCUGCACGGCAUUAUGAAGGAGCAGAGCAGAUCCUAAGACGACACGCUGUGAUGACYGCUAAGGAGUUCAUAACGUUUGAAAAGAAAGACAGUCCUCCCAUGAAUCACUGGGUAAUAGCUGAAGCACCAGCUCGAAUUGAUUUUAGCGGUGGAUGGACAGACACACCACCUAUUGCUUAUGAACAUGGUGGUGUUGUAACUAAUGUCGCUAUUCAACUAGAUGGCAAGAAACCACUCAAAGURAAGGCGAGGAGAAUUCCUGAGCURCACAUCGAGAUCUUGAUACUUGCUGGAACAAGUCACCGCAUUCCUAUUAUAUGCAAAGAGCUCCAAGACAUGAUGGACUACUCUCAACCUAAUGCACCCGGUGCACUGGYRAAGGCAUGCUUUUUUGCUGCUAAACUAGUCGAUCUAUCGUCUCCACAAUCCCUUGCGGACCAGCUGAAGCAGAAACAUGGUGGAGGGUUUCAGAUCGAGUCCAUGGCUGACCUACCUUAUGGAAGUGGACUKGGCACYAGUAGUAUUCUUUCAGGCGUUGUYAUGGCAGCAGUUUUACAUGCCGCUGGUCUCACUGCAGAUGUGACGUCUCUUAUCCAUGCCGUCAUGGUUGUGGAGCAGAUGAUCACAUGUGGCGGAGGCUGGCAGGAUAACGUUGGGGGACUGGCGCCUGGAUUUAAGAUCGCGCGUUCAAUGGCUACCCUUCCUGUACAAGUUGUUUACGAGAAAAUUGAUGUUCCCCCAGCGAUGAUCGAGAAACUGAAUCAGUGUUUGGUUUUUGUUUACACGGGGAAAACAAGACUUGCUAAAAACCUUCUUCAGAACGUGGUGCGAAACUGGUAUGGCAGAGAACCCAGCAUUGUCAAAGUAGUUGACGAUCUAGCAAGUAACGCCGAGAACAUAGCUAAAGCACUCGCUGAAGGUGACCUGGCUUGGUUUGGACAGUGUGUUAGCAACUACAGGGAACACAAAAGGCUUAUUGCUCCAGGCACCGAGCCCGAGACGAUUCGUCGAAUGAUGGAAGUAGUUCAACCCUAUGCAUACGGUCAGUGUCUUGCUGGUGCAGGUGGUGGUGGAUUUUUGUGUAUCAUAGCGAGAUCACCUGAAGACGCAUCGCGUGUAGUGAAUUUACUACAAGAUCAGUUUCCUGACGAAAUCGAGUUUUAUAAAGUCUCUGUAGAUGACGAAGGGCUUACGGUUAAAGUAGAGGAAUCUUGAUAGCUCAAAAUAAUAGAAUUUAUAGAUAUUUCUAGUUUUAAUAAUUUGUAGAAAAUGUGCGGAAAUUAGGUUUCAGAAGAUCUUAUAUAGUGCAGUUUUGCUGACUGUACUGAUCCGCCCCCUCCCCCCCUCUUUCUUCCCCCUCUUUCUUCCCCCUCUCCCCCUGCGUGUUACGUACUCACACUUGGCCUGACGUCAUAGUAGCAAACUUACGUGUCCCACUAGUGUAAAAACAUACGUUAUAUUCGACUUUAUCGCCAUUGACUAAGACUUCAUGACAAGUCAAUAGUUUUCAGUCUUUUAGACACAACAGAAAUCAAUAGAAUGAGCGGCUAAUUAGCCGUGUGUUUGGCACACGUGCUGUACCGAACUUCAUUUGUGCUAAAUAUUUUUCAGUACAACCCCCCCCCCCCCCCCCCCCCCCCGAUCCGCUCUUGGCUCUUGAUUAUGAUAUAAAAUGAAUUGUCACAAUGAAUACAAUAAAUGUGAGAUAUAGUAGUGCUAACUGAUGUGGAUUUUUUUUACUUUAAAUUUUCAAUUGAUUGUAAAAAAAAAAAACAAUUAUUGUAGCAAAGUAUACAGUCAAAACAAUGACUGAAUCAAAAUAAGUCCAUAAGAUGGAUCAAGUAUUUGUAGUCAUGGAUCUGUUCAUAAAUAAAAGAAAUUUGA